UAGACAUUUGUAGAUAGAAAUGUCAACGGAUUCGCUUCGCUAGACAUAUGCGAACAGCGAGAUUUUUUAUAUUAUGUUUUAUAUUAAUUUUUAUACAAUAUAUUGUGUUAUCAACGAGAGCUUGAAGAUUUAGUCUUAUCGAUUUUAAGACGAUGUGAAAAUGUUCCGAAAUUUAAAAUUGGUAUUCGAAAAAAUUCAGCACGUAAAAUCUUUCCAAUUAUGUGGAUGGCGAUACAUGCAAAGUUUUAGGGAACCUUCCCAACCUUUAAAACGAUGUCCAAAAUGGGUUUGCGUGGAAGAUGCAGUAAAAAUCAUAAAUUCAGAGCAUUUAGUUUUCAUACAGGGUGGUGCGGCUACGCCAAUGGAAUUAGUGCGUGCCAUGACCGAACACGGAGUAUGCAAUAAUUUGCGUGGAGUCAGAUUAGUGCAUAUGAGUCUUGAAGGAGAUACACCAUUCGCCAAUCCGGAAUUUGAGAAGCAUUUCAGGUCCAUCAGUCUAUAUGUGGGUACUAGUCUUAGAGAGGCAAUAAACGAGGGACGAGCGGAUUGCAUCCCGGUAUUCUUACACGAGGCACCGAGAUUGUUCUUUGAAAAAAGGAUCGUACCAGAUAUUGCGCUAAUCCAUGUGAGCAUGCCUGACGCGCGUGGAUUCUGUUCGCUCGGCGUGAGCGCGGAUUGUACCCGUGCCGCGGUUUGCACAAGCAAAGUCCUCAUUGCGCAAGUAAACGAGCACAUGCCGAGGUCGUACGGUGACACAGUGAUACAUUCGAGUCACUUUGAUUGGGCGGUGAGAUACGACUGUCCUCUGCCCUGCGUAGCUUGUCCACCGCCUAAUGAUCUCGAACAAGAGAUAGGUAAAAUUAUCGCACAGCGGUUGAUUGAAGAUGGAGCAACACUGCAGCUCGGCAUCGGCUGCAUCCCUGACGCGGUGCUCUGCGCCUUGGUCAAUCAUAAAGACCUAGGCAUACACUCUGAAAACAUUUGCGAUGCGAUGGUCGACUUAGUUCAGCAUGGCAACAUCACGAAUAGGUGCAAGAUCAAGCACAGAGGACGCAUAGUGAGCUCCUUUGCCGUCGGCACAAAAAGAUUGUACGAUUUCCUGCACAAUAAUCCAGUCGUCGAGAUGCUAGCAAUCAAUUACGUGAACGAUCCCCGAGUUGUCUCGAUGCAGCCGAAAAUGACGGCCAUCAACUCUUGUAUCGAGAUGGAUCUCACUGGCCAGGUGUGCUCUGACAGUUUGGGUUGUAAAAUAUAUUCCGGUUUCGGCGGCCAGCUGGAUUUUCUUCGAGGCGCAGCGAUUAGUCAAGACGGUCGUGGAAAAGCUAUUAUCGCGUUCCCUUCGGUUACUAGCCAAGGGGAGAGUAAAAUACAACCAGUGCUGAAACUUGGGGCUGGAGUAGUGGUAACAAGAGCUCAUGCGCAUUAUAUAGUUACGGAACACGGAGUGGCAGAUCUUUUUGGUAAAACCUUACGACAAAGGGCGAAUGCAUUGAUCCAAAUCGCGCAUCCCGAUCACAGAGAAUGUCUCGAAAAGGCUGCAUUCGAGCGCUUGAAAUCUAACCCAACAAAAUACUUGUAACACUUGUGAUAUGUAAAUACAAGUCGUGUAAUAGUCCAAGUCCUAUUCUGGUAAUAAAUUUUGAUGAUAAGAAUACAAUAA